AUGGAAUCACCCCAACAACCAGCGCAACCCUCCAAGCAAGCCACGUACGACCAACCCCAGAACCCCGUCACCCAGACACCCCAAGAGCAGCGAGUUCCGCCUCACCAGCGCCAGCGCGGUGAACCAGUCUCCUCCAUUACGCGUCGUACCGCAGACUCCAACCCCUCCAAUGACGAACAACUCGCAAGACUAAAGCAGAGGCGCGAAAAGGAGCAGAAGAACCUGCAAGCCGCUUCUGAUGUCGACUUGGAAUAUGGCGUGGAGCAGCAACCCGCAGAAGGAGAAAUUGCUCAGGCGGUAAGACAGAAAAGCGAGCGAGCACAGGCCGGGGCGCAUGCCGGUCCCGUGGGCAGCGCACAAGGGCCUGGAAAUCCUGGAUUCGGAGAAGAAAGAGAUCUUGCUGCGGACAUGGGGCGAAAGAGGGAAGAACAUGAUCGCAUUCUAGGCGACCGUGUUGGGCAGAGUCCUGCAGAGCCUGAUGGAGAGGCUGCUGAGAGGGAAGCGCUGAGACAGCGGAAGCUGAAGGAAGAGGAGAAUCUGGAUGUGAAAGGAGCUGUCCGUGCAGGUACAGGAGAUCCAGUCGCCUAA